CUUGAAAUAAAGCCGGAGAGUCAAACCAAGACAGUGAGUUGGGGAGAUGAUGUAACAUUGUCAAUGACCACAUCAAAAACUGGAUUGAAAUGGAAGCAUAAUGGUUCAGAUAUGACUAUAUGGGAUGGACAAAAUAGUAUCACUAUUACAUCAGCUAAACCAUCAGAUGCUGGAAUUUAUGAAUGUUAUACUACUCAACAACAACGACAAGAUGGGUUACAUGGUUUUAUGAGACUUAUUGUUAGACGUUGUCCUAAUGGUAAAUAUGGUAAUACAUGUCUACUUAACUGUCCUACAUGUUAUAAUGGAGGUAUAUGUAAUUCAGACAAUGGAGAAUGUAUAUGUCCACCAGGAUUUAAAGGAGAUGACUGUAAUACAGGUUGUACACGAGGAUAUUGGGGAAAGUCAUGUGGAAUCAAAUGUUCAAGUACAAAUACAGGUAUAGCUUGUAAAGGAAGGAUGUUCUGUGUUUCUGAUCCAUAUGGAUGUUCAUGUCUUGCAUCACAUGGAGGAUUAGAUUGUAACAUACGUGGCAUCGGGAUCCAAAGCAACCCCGUCGGCAUGGGUCUCCCUGUCUGUCCGAGUGCAGAGUGGGGCGUAGGGUGCGCAAAUGGUGUUGAUGGAUGGAUGUUGGUCAGCCGUGGAGGAGGUAAUGCUCAAAGCCCCAGGGUGGGGUAA